GUUAAAUCCUAUUAGUAUAAGAACUGCUUUGCCUUGCAUGAUGGAAAAUAGAGGGUGGCAGGUACUGCUUGUAAAUGGCUAGAUAGGGUUUAAGAGGAGUAUUGAGUGCAAUUUUGAAAUGAAGAACCCAUCCCACUCCCAAAUAGAAGUGAUACCGUGCAAAAUCUGUGGAGAUAAAUCUUCAGGAAUCCACUAUGGAGUCAUCACUUGUGAAGGAUGUAAAGGUUUCUUCAGGAGAAGCCAGCAGAAUAAUGCUGCGUAUUCAUGUCCUCGUCAGAGGAAUUGCCUGAUUGAUCGGACCAAUCGGAAUCGUUGCCAGCACUGCCGACUGCAGAAGUGUCUUACUCUUGGAAUGUCACGUGACGCUGUGAAGUUUGGUCGUAUGUCCAAAAAGCAACGUGACAGCCUCUACGCAGAGGUACAGAAACAUCAACAGCACCAGGAGCAGCUGGCAACAAAGGAAGAUUCCGAGGGACUUGCACGAGUCUAUACAAACAGUGUCAGUAGCGGACUGGGAGAUCUGGAUGACAUCAGCAGCACGUUCUCAGACGGACUCCUGUUUGACUUUCCGCUGACCCCUGACGGAGGGAACAGUUUUUAUAACUUUGAUCUUUCAACCUCCGCCGAACCAUCUCCUGAUCAGUCUGCUAUAGAUGUGAAUGAUAUUAAACAUAUUAAACAGGAGUCCAUUUAUGAAAUCAUGCUGGAGCCCAGUUUGUUCUCGUAUCCCUCACCAGAAAAUGGUCAGCUCGCCACAGAAAUAUCAAUGGCAGAGAUAGAUCAGAUAGCGCAGAAUGUGGUGGAAUCACAUUCAGAAACUUGCCAGUACACAAUUGAAGAGUUAAAGCAGCUUGCCUGGCAACCCUAUACACAGGAGGAAAUCAGGAACUUUCAAAAUAAGUCCUGUGAGGCCAUGUGGCAGCAAUGUGCAAUCCAAGUGACAAAUGCGAUCCAGUACGUGGUGGAAUUUGCCAAGCGGAUCAGUGGAUUCAUGGACCUGUGUCAGAAUGAUCAGAUCAUACUCCUUAAAGCAGGUUGCCUUGAGGUCUUGUUGGUUCGAAUGUGUCGAGCAUAUAACCCCAUGAACAACACGCUGUUUUUUGAAGGAAAGUAUGGAGGCACACAGAUCUUCAAAUCAUUGGGUUGUGAUGAUUUGAUCAACAUUGUCUUUGACUUGGCAAAAAACUUGUGCUGCCUGCAUUUGACGGAGGAAGAGAUUGCAUUGUUCACAGCUGGCAUCUUAUUGUCUCCAGACCGACCAUGGUUGACAGAAGCUAGGAAAGUCAAGAAGCUACAGGAUAAGAUUUUUGAGGCAUUGCAACACGUCAUUCACAAAAAUCACCUGGAUGAUGACAAGUUAUCAAAGCUGAUCUCCAAGUUAUCAAUGGUGAAGUCAGUGUGCAACCUUCAUGUGGAUAAGCUGCAGCUAUUCAAAUUGCUACAUCCACAAACAGUGCACAACUUUCCGCCACUCUACAAGGAAGUAUUCAGCACAGAGAUGCAGUAUCCAGAUUCCACCAACAGCUAAACUUAUCAGUUCCGUGCAACACAGCAUUCCCAAAGUGAAAAUUAAUGGGUUUAAACUCCUGUAUCACCAAUUGCAAUAGCACUAGGAUGAAUGUACUGCACUUCAUAUGGUUUCACCGCAACAGUCAAAAGAAUGUAAAUACUGGAUACUAAAUAGUGGAAAAACCUUGUGCAUGACAUUUAAAAGCAGCUCCAUUGUGUUCAUGGACCAGAAUUAAUUCAAAAUUGCAAGACCGACCUUCCAACGCUCUGUCUAAAAUCUGUUUCUGCUGGUAAAAAGAACAGUGAAUUAAAGGAGUAUAGAUAGUAUUUUAUCUGUAAUGCAAACUUAUAUAUUUUAUGAAGGGUGUUUCUUUUUACUCUGAGUUUUCAGUGAUUUCAGAGUUGUUCUUGUGGUUCAUCAUUGAUGUUAGACUUAUUUUCCAGGCAAUGUUUGCUUCAGCGGUGCUACUACAUGGUGAAGUUUUGAAGGAGUGCAUCAAAAUUCCUUGGAAUUAAAUUACAACAAUGCUGAAGCCAGCAAUUAAAAACUCUGAAAUCUUAUACAUGUAAAUGUGUAUGUGUUUAUAUUACUAAUAUAUAUCUUUAGGAAAUGGUCAAAAUGACACCUGCAUGUAAUAAUAAUUAAAAGGUUAUGGUGUCCAUUAGCACUAUGACCAUGUUAGUGGACAGUAGUCAUAGCUUUGCAAUGUAUUUUAUUUUAUCCUUAGAAUAAAAUCCAGUGUUUCCCAUAGUAGCCAUAAAAUGGCCUGUUCGGCUAACUACUGGAGGAGCAUAUUAGAUGCGUAAGCAUUAGGGUUUCUAUAUUUUACCAUUAGGGAGCCAAACUAUUCCAGGCUAAGGGGAACCUGAAGAACCCUUAAUAAAAUGACGAAAAAUGCAGUCACAAUCUCUGAAAAGGUUUCUCUGUAGUCUGCUGUAAGAUGGCUGUGAUCUUCAAGAAAUACCAUCCGUCAGUCAGUAGAGCACAAUAAUGAAGUGACAUUUAGCCUCUGAUUUUGUAGGCACCCAGGAAACUAAAUUAAUGUAGCUGAACUACUGGUUAAAAUAAAAUUCAUGUUAACUGCCGAUCUAUGCUCGACAGACAUCAGUGUGCACCCUUAAAACAAAAAAUGCACUUUUUCUCACUGAAAAUUGACAUAUUAUCCCCCUCGCUCAACCCAGUAUAUCCCAGAUCAAGAAUAGUUUCCAAAUAUUAUUUACAACCAUUGCUAAACCUUAAGGGAAUUCAUCAUCCAUUACCUAAUUUUCCCACAAAGACAAUGUAUAGUGUCUAGCACACUCCUGCAAAGUUCUGGGACACCCAUUCCUUCGUAACAUGUAAUGGGAGUGGUUGAACAUUCUUGCAAUGUUUGAAAGAACUGGCUUUUAGAAGUAUCACGCUUGUUUUGGUGUAUCUUGUAAUCUAUUUUUUCCAUUACUGAUACCCUAUAAGGGAAUAAUAUAUAACAAUGUACAAGCAAAAUUGCUUAAUUUAAUUAUUUAUUGGUUCAAUUAUAGCGUGUAGCUUUACAUACAGUGAUGGAUUUUCAGCACAAAUGUGAUUUUAAAUUUUGAUGGAGUUGCAGGGGGGGCCAGCGAAGAAAAAGAAUCCAUUCUAGCAGAUAGGAGGUUGCAGACAUAAGUUGCAUGUGUGCAGAUCAAUAGCAGUGAUGAAGAUCCGUAGAAAGUGACUUGUGCACAGGAAGUGGCAUCAACAGAGAAAUGAAAUAGAAGAUGGCAAAUCAGAUGUCACAAACCUGAUUGUUACACUGGAAUCUGUCACAGAUAAGGUUAUGUGUAAUACAUACAAGGGAACCUUCCAAGUUUUUGAUGUGCUCUGUAAUUAAAUGCACUGAGUGAGGUGAUAUUGAGCCUAAACAGCCCAGAUUCAAGCCCUGUAUGUUGGUCAACAUCUGCCAGGGUAGACGAGACUUUACUGUGAUCGAAAACAGUUCCCAGGACUGAGGAGGAGAAAAAUCAACAAAGUCAGCUGUCGUUCCUAAUCGUUAUUCAUUGAUUGACUUCUGGAAGGUGUGUGUGUGUAGACAGUUGUAAAGCCCACUGGAAUUCUCAGUCUUGAUUCAAAUGUGGUCAUUUGAACAAAGUACUAGAAAGCUAUCAGUGCCCACUGAACUAAAAUAUGACUCACCACCAUUAAGAACAUAGAGGACCGAAAGGAAGGAAGAUGACCAAGCACAGAACAUUGUAAGACGGAUAGUGUUUCGUUUCACUGAAUGGGACUUCUGAACUAGUACAGGGUUUCCAACACCUUUCCCAAACCUGUCCUCCCAUACCUGGUGCAGCAUCUAAUCUGGAAAACUAAAACAGCACAUUGGCAAUAGAUGCCCUGAAGGCCAGUAUUGCCUUUUAAGUAGGUGCAUUAAGAAAACUUCUGAAACAGCAAAGUAGAAAGUACUAUUUUUUCUAUGUUGGGUACAUUUGAGAUGUUUGGGCAUAUGUAAGCUAAGGAUCUGCUUGCUGGAUUCCAGAUUUUAAGCACUUUUUGAAUUUAAACUAUUGAAAAUUUCUUUGAAACAUUUGUUAGAGGGAGAGGCUAAUAUGUGUUUUUUGAUUUUGCUGUUCAUUGACGGGUCUUAUAUAUUCAUUUCCACUUCUUCACUUGCAAUGUAGGGCAUCUCUUCUAGUUGGAUAUGGAAGAAUAUAAUUGGCUGGUUUGUUGCACAUCUGCAUAAUGUAGUGUUUAGCAAAAAAAAAGUAUUAAAAAAAUUGAUCCACUGGGAUUCAAAAGGUUGAUCCAUUCCUUACAGGAUGUGUUUCAGUUCCUAUGAUAGAGUAGUGUCUCGCACCACUUUAAAAAAAUUUAAACUUACACUGUGUGUAUUAUUCUUGUGAAUGUUGUGAAAAGAAGAGAAAUGAAACAACACCCAGCUUUAUGUUUCUCUUUCAAAAUGUGGAAAAUGCUUUCCCUGGCACAUUAAAUAAUGGACAAUAUUUGUUAUAUAGUUUAGAAAGUUAUUUGGAUUUUUUUUGGUCUGUAUUGUAAAACUGUAAUUCUAUUUUUUUUUAAAGAAUGAAAUACCUAUAUAAAUGCAAGAUGAGAAGAAUAGAAAGAUUUUUUAAAAGUCUUGUCCACAUUUCAAUGACGAGCAAAUUCUUAUUUUAAUAUAUUGACAAUUUAAGAAAGAUUGGGUAACAAUUAGUGAAUGGAUAUAGAUGUAUAAUGUAAAGGAUGUGUACAUGAACCACAUUAAAAUUAUAUAUUGUA